CAUUUUGUAAUUUGUAUUGGCCCUCUUAACUGCAUCUUCUGCUUUCUCUCUUCUUCAUCUUGGCUUGGCCCCUCACUCCCUCUCUCUCUCUAUCUGCGUUUGUUGCAGGAGGAGGAGGAGGGUUUUCCAAGUAAUUGAAGGCGUCUUCUCUCCCACUCUACCGUCCCUCUUGCUUAUCUGAGAUCGAGGCUCCGAAGAAUGCCGGUGUUGGCAUGUGGAAGAUUGUAGGGUUUCGCUUGCCGUCUCCUGAUUGCUUCUCUCUUAGCUUGCUGCUGGAUUGCGACAUUGGCUGAUUUCUCGGGUAAUGCUCUGAUUCAGAGCUUGGAUUCGAGGUAUUGAUCAAAUCCGUUCCUUUGAUCCGUCAUAGGGACGCUUAUGAGCGGUUUUGGUUGGUAGUGUGCUGAGUCGGGUCUUUGUGGAGAGAUGAGGAGGCUGAAGUUUGAGCCUGCCAAUGGGAGGAGGCUCAGAUUGCCUCAUUUCCUGCUGCUACUCGCUGCAUUGUACUUGAUUUUCAUUACGGUGAAGUUCCCUAGCUUUUUAGAGAUGGCAGCCUCUCUGAGCGGUGAUGAAACUAGUCUUAGAUCACCAGUGGAGGAAGGUGAAGAUGUUGAGUUGAGCAAACCAUUCUUAGGUUCUGUCUACGAUGAUACAUUUCAUCGGAAACUAGAGGAUAACCCCGACCAAGAUGCCUUGUCGAUGCCCGAGAAGGAAUCAGUUGCUGAGGAGGAAACUAAUGAAUCUAGGCCUAAGGUGCUUCAGCCGCGAUACGGUCGUAUAAUGGAAGAGAUGAUGAGGCGACGAAAUAGGACUGUUGAUCAAUCCGUCCUCCAGAGAAUGGCCGACGAGGCUUGGAGUUUGGGUCAGAAAGCAUGGGAAGAUGCGCAGAAGUUUGAUCUCAAAGAGCCUGCCAAGAGUUCCAUCAUUGAGGGGACACCGGCUUCGUGCCCUUCCUGGGUUUCUCUGGAGGGGGAAGAAUUAACCCGUGGGGAAAGGCUCAUGUUUCUUCCCUGUGGGCUUGCUGCGGGAUCUUCCAUUACUGUGGUGGGGACACCUCGUAAUGCUCAUCAGGAAUAUGUGCCACAGCUUGCAAAGUUGAGGGGCGGUAAUGCCAUGGUCAUGGUCUCACAGUUCAUGGUUGAGUUGCAAGGUUUAAAGGUAGUGGAUGGUGAGGAGCCACCAAGAAUUUUGCACUUGAACCCACGAUUGAGAGGCGAUUGGAGCCAUCGGCCUGUUAUUGAGCACAACACUUGUUACAGGAUGCAAUGGGGAACAGCCCAGAGGUGUGAUGGUUUACGAUCCAAGAGCAAUGAAGAGUUGCUUGUUGAUGGCUAUGUCAGAUGUGAAAAGUGGAUGCGGAGUGAUAUUGUAGAUGCAAAAGAGUCCAAGACCACAUCGUGGUUCAAGCGAUUCAUAGGACGUGAACAGAAGCCAGAAGUUACUUGGCCUUACCCUUUUGUGGAGGGCAGACUGUUUAUUUUGACGCUUCGUGCAGGCGUUGAUGGUUACCACAUUAAUGUUGGUGGCCGACACAUUUCUUCAUUUCCUUACAGGACGGGAUUCACACUUGAAGAUGCAACUGGACUAGCAAUAAUGGGAGAUGUGGAUGUUCAUUCGAUUUAUGCUACUUCUCUUCCCACUUCUCAUCCAAGUUUCUCACCUCAUCGAGUGCUGGAAAUGUCUGAGAAGUGGAAAGCUCAUCCAUUGCCUAGACAACCUGUUAAGCUUUUUGUCGGGGUUCUAUCAGCAACAAAUCACUUUGCCGAACGGAUGGCAAUUAGAAAAACAUGGAUGCAGUCAUCACCAAUAAAAACCUCCAAUGUGGUUGUCCGCUUUUUUGUUGCAUUGAAUCCAAGGAAGGAGGUCAAUGCAAUGCUGAAGAAGGAGGCUUCUUAUUUUGGUGAUGUUAUAAUCUUGCCUUUCAUGGAUCGGUAUGAACUGGUGGUUCUCAAAACAAUAGCUAUCUGUGAGUUUGGGGUUAAGAAUGUGACGGCAGCAUACGUAAUGAAAUGUGACGAUGACACAUUCGUUCGGGUGGAUGCAGUCUUAAAAGAAAUUGAUGGCAUCUCCUCCAGAAAAUCGCUUUACAUGGGCAAUCUUAAUCUCUUGCAUCGCCCGCUCAGACAUGGGAAAUGGGCUGUUACUUAUGAGGAGUGGCCAGAAGAAAUAUAUCCUCCUUACGCGAAUGGACCGGGAUAUAUCAUUUCAAGCGAUAUCAUGAAGUUUAUUGUAUCUCAACACAGUAACCGAACCCUUAGGCUGUUCAAGAUGGAGGACGUGAGCAUGGGAAUAUGGGUGGAGCAGUUUAACAGCUCCUCGGCAGUUCAGUACUCACACAACUGGAAGUUUUGCCAGUACGGGUGUAUGGAAGACUACUACACAGCACAUUAUCAGUCGCCUAGGCAAAUGCUAUGCCUCUGGGACAAGUUGUCUCGAGGUCAAGCCCAUUGCUGCAAUUUCAGAUGACAGUAUCGCUUCUCUUCUUAAACCGCUCAAGCAAUUUCCUCGUCAGCUGCCUCGAGCAAUUUUCUCUCGCGGGCCUCCCAUCGCUAGUUCAGUUUUUACAGGUUUUCUUGGUUUCACCAGAUUGGUGAUGUCUCUGUAACAAUAUGGUCUGUAUAUUGGAAAAUCAAAUUGUUCCGAAGGAGACUCUUGCCCUAUGAAAAUUUUGCAUCGUACUAGCACAUGUUUGAUAGAAAGAUCCGUGCUAUCUUGUUCGACCCGA